CUUGCACUUCGUGGUAUGUUGUCCAAAGAAGUUUGUGAACCUCUUAUUGAGUUAUCUUUAUAUUUUAACGUGCUUGGAUCAAAGGAGUUGAGGAUUGAUGAUCUGGAGCAUAUUGAAGCGCAAAUUCCCAUAACACUUUGCAAGUUAGAAAAGGUUCAAUAUGAAACCAUUAAAGACUGAUGAAGUGGGAUCAACUAUGAAGACUACUACCAGAUAUGCAUUCGUCGCACCAGGUGCUAUAGGAAAGGGACGAGGACGAGGAGGGCAUAGAUCUUUGAUUGAGAAAGAGCAUAUGCCAAUUAAGAGUUUAUUUCCUCAAUCUAGUGAUGUAGUUAAGCAAUACAUCCAAGAAAUUGAAACAAGUGCUACAGGGAAGGGACGAGGACUGGGUCAUAAAAACUCUACGAUGUCUUCUAGUCAAGGAAUGGGAAUGAUACAUAAAAAUUCCAUGGUUCUUGAGAAAGAGUAUAUGCAAACUGAUAGUCCAUUGCUUCAAUCCACUGAUCAAUUUAAGCAAUCCACCCAAAAAGUUGAAACAAGUGCUAUAGGGAUAGGACGACGACAAGGGCUUAAAAACUCUACCAUGUCUACUUGUCAAGGAAUGGGAACGAUACACGAAAAUCCAUGGUUCUUGAGGAAGAGUAUAUGCAAAACGAGGCGGAAUCUUUCCACAAGAAUGCUAUUUAUGCUAAUCAACAUAUGCAUACUCCUUCUAAAAGCACAAGAUCAAAUUCUGCAAUGA